UCAACAAUAUACAAAAUGCUAACGGGAGACACAAAAAUAUCAGCUGGAAAAGCAGUAAUAUACGGAUACGAGUUUACAAGAAAUCAAGAAAUGGUAUGAUAGGAUACUGUCCACAAACGAACGGACUAAGUGAUUUUAUGACGGGGAGACAAUAUUUGAAACUUCAUGCGGCGCUACGCGGUGUUCCAUAUAAAUGCAUCAACGACGAAGUGAACACGUGGUUAGAUGUAUUAGAUAUGUUAGACUUCGAGAAUAUACAGAUUGCCCACUGUCCCUGGGGAGUUCAAAGAAAAAUUUGCGUAUUGCAGAGCUUAAUCGGCAAUCUGCCGAUGAUAUUUAUGGACGAACCUACCGCUGGAAUUGACAUUAUGACUCGACAUGCUGUCUGUGAAAUUUUGCGUCAAAUACGGGAAAUGGGGAGAUCUAUAUUAAUCACUACGCACAGUAUGUCGGAAGCAGAAGCAAUGUGUCUGCGUGUGGGAAUUUUGGUUAACGGCCAAUUCACCGCAAUUGGGUCUUGCGAGCAACUAAAGGCAAAACACGGCCGUAAUUUUAUAUUAAAUAUUAAAGUAGUACCAGGAUAUCAACUUGCAAAUCUCGAGAAAAUAAAAAACAUAAUUGAUGAGACUUUCCCAGCGAUAAAGUUUAAAGAUAGUUACUUGGGUAUUCUUAAAUAUGAAUUGGAGAGUGGUAUUUCAUACAGUUUUGUAUUUGAUAAACUUGAAAAGUUACGACAAAGAUAUAUGUGGAUCACAGACUUUUCUGUUACUCAACCGUCUAUGGAUGAGGUGCUUCUAACUUUAGCGAAGGAACAGAAGAAACCUCGCAUAAAAUUAACACUUUAUGAACAUCUAUAUUCUUGGAUUGCCCGUAAUAUACAUAAUAUACGUAAAAUAUAA